GGCGGGGGCGGCGUUGCCAUGGGACGCGCGAUGGGGGUUAUCUUGAAGCAUCGUAGCUGUGACUAGCUGGUUGCUGCAGGAUGCCACACAAGGUCAGGUUCAUAGUUGUUAGUUCAUCAGGACAUGAAGAUGGCUUCAGUGCAAAGGAGCUGAUGGAUCAUGCACCGACGGUGAACGGAUGGCGAUCACCCAGGCUCUGUCAGUACCCACAGGAAAUUGUUCUGCAGUUGGUGGAGAGGUGUCGAAUACGAAAGCUGCAGCUGCUUGCUCACCAGUACAUGAUUUCGAGCAAAAUUGAGUUCUACAUCAGUGAAAGCUUGCCUGAAUGCUCUGCUCCUUACCAGUCAGAGAGGUUUCACAGGCUGGGUUAUGUGCUUCUCUCAGACAAUGAAAAGACUGAUUUCAAAGCACGAGAGUUAAAAUCUGUGUAUAUGGAUGCAGUUGGCCAGUACCUGAAGCUGAUUUUCCAUAAAAAUUAUGACAAUAAAUACAACCUUUAUGGUCAGGUUGCCCUGGUCGCUGUCAACAUCAUUGGGGAUCCAGCAGACUACAGUAGUGACAUCAAUAAUACUCCAUCCAGAGAGAAGCUGGUCGACCACUACUUAGGAAUUAAAUCAGACGAUCCAGCCUUAGAUGGAACUCACCUUGGGAAACCUGAUGCCAUUUCCCCUCUGGAUGAUUUGGCUUUUGACAUGUACCAGGACCCAGAGGUUGCUCAGAUCAUACGCAGGCUGGACGAGAAGAAGCGCGAAGCUGUGCGCCGAGAGCACUACGACCACGCCAAGAAGCUCAAGCAAGCUAUUGCAGACCUGCAAAAGGUAGGGGAACGACUGGGGCAGUACGAGGUGGAGAAGCGCUGUGCUGUGGAGAAGGAGGAUUAUGACCUUGCUAAGCAGAAGAAGGAGCAGAUGGAGACGUACCGGCUGAGGGUGUACCAGCAGCUGGAGCUCCACGACCUGCUGGGCGGAGAGCUGGUGAUCCGAAAGCCCCUGGAGCUGCCCUUGCAGUCUGUGUCCCACACUGGCAGCCCCCAGCACACACGAGGCUCAAACCCACCUUCCUGUGAGCACCGGGGAGAACCACAGGGAGCAGAGCCUUUGCUGCCAGAGAAGCCAGCAGCACAUCCUGCUUCUCCUGAGCCCCCUGUUCCCCAUCAGACCCUUCCUCCUUCUGGGGCUCAUCCCACAACCUCUGGGGUGGUGUUUUCCAAAGAAAAUGUUGAACAUUUACCUUUUGAUGAGAGGCCACUUCCAACUCUCUGCAAACAGUCUCAUGAAGCAGUUGCCCACCUCGAGCCACAGGUGACCCAAGAGGACAUGAGUGAUACCCCACAAAGUGGCAAUCCUGGGGAACCAGAGCCAUUGACUGAGAAGGCACUGAGGGAGGCCAGCCCUGCUAUUGACGUUUUUGGAGAAACUUUGGUUUCAGGAGCAUAUUCCAAAACUUGGUCAUAUCGAGAAGAUGCAUUACUGGCUGUUUACAAGAAGCUGAUGGAAAUGUCAGCAAACACCCCAAAGGAUGUUUCCAAGACCACACUGAGAGCUGCCAUUUUCCUGGUGCAGAGAGCCAUCAAAGACACAGUGUCCUCAGUUUUUCAAGCUUCCCUGAAACUUUUAAAAAUGAUCCUCACCCAAUAUAUUCCAAAGUAUGAACUGGGCAAAGGAGAAACUUCUCAUUGUGUAGAAAAAACGCUUCCGAAUUUACUUUCCAGAACAGGAGACUCUUCAUCCCGUCUUCGCCUUGUGGCUUCUAACUUUAUUCAGGAAAUGGCACUGUGCAGUGAAGUUAAACCUCUUCAGAUCAUUCCAGUUCAUUUGGUUCAACCACUAAAACCAAACUCCCCAACCCACCUGGCAAUGAGCCAGGUGGAAUUAGUGGAACGACUCCUGAAAGUCAUGGGAACUGGAAACUCGGGGUUCACCAUCAGCAACGUUGCAAAGUUUGCAAUGGGAGCUUUGGGACACAGAGCUCCUGAAGUCCGUGAUGUGGCCUUGCAGAUUCUCUUUGAGCUGUACAGGAAGCACAGGGCUAACCUGCUGCAGUAUCUUCCUCCAGAUGAUGCCAGCAUCCGCAGGACUGUGAUCUACAAAACACUCUUUGAUGGGUUUGCUAAAAUAGAUGGUAAAUCUCCUGAUGCUGGAACUGGGGCACAGAGAAAGGCAGCAACAGAAGAAGCAGGGAAAAAGAAGAAGGAAGAAAUAAAAGUUCUGCAACAUCAUCUGGCAGCUCUAAAGGAGAUAGAAGCAGAAGCUCAAGUUGGAAAGGAGAAAGAAUCUGAUUUUCAGAAGCCAAAGAAUCAAGGUUACCGGGCAAACGAAAGCCCACAGCCCACAGCAGCAGAGGUUCCAGAGGAUCCUUACACUGUUGAAAAUUACUUGGAUAACUUGUGUAUUUUUUGUGGUGAAAGGGAUGAAUCCUUCACAGGGGAAGGACUGGAUCGCCACUACUGGAAACACUGCCCUAUGCUAACCAGAUGUGAGCACUGCAAGCAGAUGGUGGAAAUAGCAAGCCUGACAGAGCACUUGUUGAUGGACUGUGAUAAAAAGGACAGCUUUGGGAAAUGCCAGCGGUGCAGGGAGGCCCUUCCAAAGGAUGAGUUGCCUAAACACAUUAAGAGCAAGGCUUGCAAUUCUGCUAAACCAGAAGAUGUGGCAAACCAUUGCCCGUUGUGCCAUGACAACUUUUCCCCAGGCGAGGAGGCCUGGAAGGCUCACCUAAUGGGCAACAAUGGCUGUAAAAUGAAUCAACGGAGGGUAUCCCUGCUAAAUAAAACUCUUCUGUUGCAGCCUGGCAAAAUAGGUGGCCAGUAUGUGAAGAAACCAAGUCCUUCAGUACCAAAAGCCCGAUCUCCCCCUAUAGGAAGCAAGACCCCUGCCCCAAGAGGGGGACCAAAUAAAAGCACUGGCAAAACAUACUCAAAGCGAUGACAGGACAAGUACUUUUUCCUUUGUCUCGAUAACUGAGCAUAUAGUUGUUCCUAGUUAUUUAAAAAUUGUGGGCAACUCGUGUCAUCUUAGCUUGGCUAGGUGCUCAUCAGCAUUGAGCAGUGCUUGCCUGGUCUGGCAGCUGGUGUGUGGCUGUGUGUGCAGCGCGGGGUCUGCACGACAUCCCUGCAUCUGCAGAGGGCGCAUCAUCGUCAGACUUGAGGAAACAACGCUGGAAACAGGGACGUGCCACGAGCAGAACAGGCUUGUUGCAUCACACGGGUCCCUUUGGUGUGGUGAUGGUGUUAAUAUCUUGGUGAGAGUGUUGUUCACCUGCUGCAGGGUGCAGCUGGCAGGGGAAAGAAGUGCACGUGGAGAAGGAAAUACUUGUCAGACUGUGCAAGACCUGUAUCUCGGUUAUCCAAAAGACCUGUGUGAUCCUGUACAGAUAAACUCUUGAACCAGUUAAUGUGUGAACAUUCGAGACAGGAAAAGGCUUCCUCGUGUGUAUGCUGAAAAAAAAAGGAAAAAAGAGAAAUUGCAAUAUAGUCAAGGAAAGCUGUGGGGCUGGUUUUUCCACUGCAAAUCCUAGAGUUGGGGCAUGUUCACAAGUAGGGCUGGGAGCUGGGAAGCUGUGUCAGGUGUCAGAGAUUCAUGUCCUUCCUUGGCAGUUUGUUUAGCCACUGUGCCAGGACCUGCUGCAUUUUGAUAGUAAGAUUAUUGGUGUGUUUACAACAGCUGCCUUUUUCUUCUGUGUAUUUCUCAUUAUAAACCUUGUCAGCUAAAAUGGAGCAAAUUUAUAGCCAUUGCAGAAGCUUACAAGUCUGUUUUUUUCUUUUGUGCUAGGCUCUAAAACUCUUGGUUCCCUCACUGGAAAUGGGAACUGUGCUUUUUUCUGAAGCUGACUGGUAUCCCUGAACACCCAAACCAGCUGAAAGCUCUGGUUGGCCCUGCAAGGAAAGGAAUUGGAUCAGGGCCGUUAUAAAAUGUUUCCACUCAUUUUUUAAAAUGCUUAGAAACAUUAUUUUGACAGAUAACUUUGCUUUUCUUUCUAACCCCAGUGUCUAAUUCCGAGUUCCAGCACAUCAAUGAUGUUGAGUGAAGUCAUGUCUCUCCCUGGGACCCCCUGGGGCUCUGGGAGUCACUCACACCCUGCGUGGUGGAAGUGGUUUUGCUGCAGAAGCCUGGCCUGGACGUGUAUUUCAGAUUUAGCAUUUUGAAGGCAGGAGAGCAGUACCCACAGCACUGCUCCACACCAAGCAUUAGCACAAAAGAGCAGAGCAGAAGGGCUGUAGGUUGUGUUGCCACGUGCUGCUCUGCAGGGCACGGCUGCUCCACCGCCUCUCGCUGUGCACCAAGUGCCUCCUCAGCCCCUGGGCAGGAGGGCUGAGCUGAGCUGGGCUGGGCUGGGCUGAACUGAGCUGGGCUGGGCUGAACUGAGCUGGCCUGAGGCACCAGGAGCCUGUCUGGACGUAAUACAGAGUGUACAAAUAUGGAUGGAGCAACAUGGAAGCUGUGCUUUAAAACCCGACCAUUAAGCCUGCAAUGUGUCCCAAGAAAGGGCCCCUUAAAGGAAAGGAAAAAAAAAUAAAUGUAGUGGGGCCCUGAAAAGCUUGAAUUAAAAAAUUUGGACCUUUUUUUCCUGCUUUAGUGUACUUUGGAUCAGCUCUCUUCCAAACCCAGCUCUAACACAGAGCUUCUUGAGUUAGAUCAGGAUUAAAAUAAACAUCCAUAGACAGCAGGUGACCAUUUAGUAGCUUCAAGGAGAAGAAAUUCCAUUAAUGCACAAAACUUUGUGCCUCAAGCAGCAAUGCUUGUGUUUCUGUUUACAACCUUUGGGCAACUGCUUUCCAGGAUAGAAUUAAUCACUUCCAUGUCCACCACUGGUACAAGAAUGAGUGAUCAUGGUGAUACAAGAAGCAGUUUUGGGGGUUGUUUGUUUCUUUUCCUGCUGCAAUGGAGUGAAUUUGUGGUAUUGUUUUGUAUAUACAGCACUGGUUUUGUAAUACAGAGUUUUUAUAGUUUGUGUGCAGCCUGUCCACCAGCUUGUGCAUUUUGCAGGUAGAUUGGUGUGCUUGUAUUCUGACAGACUUUAUGUAAAUUGUUUCUUCAACUCCUUCCAAAUAUAUGUAUAUUGAUAAAUACACAUACAGACUCACAGAAUGGUUUGGGUUGGAAGGGACCUAAAGAUCUUCUACUUCCAACCCCUUGCAUGGACAGGGACACCUCCUACCAGACCAAGUUGCUCAAAUGUUAGGAAAAUAUCUGUAUUAACAAAUCUAGAUGUAUUUUUAUUUCUACUUUAGUGACACAGGUUCCUAUUUGAGAACCUGAUUCCUUAUGUAAGCAAAAUAACCAUUGAAUUUGCUCAGAUUAGCAGGGUCCUGAGCUGCUGCCUGGAGCAUUUUCUCAUUUUUUUAAUUAAAACAGUGAACUUUU